UAAAGUAUUAAAAAGAGUUCAGGGGUUAGUAGAAGAAGGUAAGAGAAACAGCAAGGGGAAGGAAAGGAAUAAAGAUUUAUUGAUGCUUGCUCUGUGCCAGAUGCUUUAUUUACAUAAACUCAUCUGAUCAUUAUAACCACUAUACAGAGUAAAUAUAUCCCCAUUUUACAGAUGGGGUGCAGCAAAACACAGAUUAUGUUAUUAACCACCUAGGUCACACAGCUGGUAAGUGAUGGGUUUGAACUCCCUGACCUUCCUUCUAGUCUAUCCAAACAUAUUAAUUUUCUCUGCUUAGUUGAGUGUGCAGCAAACUUGGGUUGGGCAGGAAGCACCUCUAUAAGGAAAGGAAGGGCAGGAAGUGCAAAAUUCCAUGAGUUGCUCUCUGACUCUCCUCUCACUUUCCUUGUUAUAGCCACCUGUGCCGCUGAGCCAUGAACAGCACCCCGCAGGAUGCCCAGGCCCCGAGAUACCAUGAGUUCCUCCUCCCUUCUGUGGCUCGGACCUCCUCUAUCACCCAGGUCACGCCAGCCAAGAAGAUAACCUUCUUCAAGCGAGGGGAUCCCCGAUUUUCUGGGGUCCGGCUAGCAGUUCACCAGCGAGUCUUCAAGAAUUUCAGCGCCCUGAUGGACGAGCUUUCUCAGCGCAUGCCUCUUUCCUUCGGGGUGCGCUCUGUCACCACGCCCCAGGGACUGCACUGCCUCAGCACCCUGGAGCAGCUAGAAGAUGGAGGCUGCUACCUCUGCUCUGACAAGAAGCCGCCCCAAGCUCGCAGUGGGCCUGGCGGGCAACAAGGGACAGACCCCUCUGCUCAGCCGUCAGGGGAUUUGGAAGGCUGGUAUGAGGUCCCAGGAACACCAUCUUCCUGGAAGGGCCCUAAAGCCCCAAGGAGGAUAAUGCUGGUUAAGAACACGGACCCUAGAUUCCAGCGGACAGUGGUUCUCAGUCAUAGAAACACUAGGAGCCUUAAGACCUUUAUCAGCAAAGCCUCAGAUCUUCUGCAAUUUCCCGUGAAACAGGUGUUCACCAUCAGUGGGAAAAAGGUGGACUCCCUGCAGAGUUUGCUACACAGCCCCUUAGUGCUGGUGUGUGCUGGUCAUGAGUCCUUCAGACCACCUGCAAUGGAAGAAUCUAGAAGAAAUGGUACUGAAACUUUACCUGGGCUGACUUCAAGGAAUAAAAAUGGGAGCUGGGGACUGAAGGCCAAGCAGAGCGUUAUCCACUCAAGGUCCAAGUCAGAUGGCAGGUUGCGGCAGUUCUCCUUGCUAUCAGAGAGGUCUGGUAUCAGUGACCCCCCUGUGUCCCCACAUUGCACCUGGAUGGGCCCUGCCCUUCACAGGCACCCUCAGAACACACCAGUCCACCUUGGCCCCUUGGUGGCUGAUGAUGACUUUGAGAAGAAGGUCCACAUGAAUGAAGAUGGCAGCCUGUCUGUGGAGAUGAAAGUCCGUUUCCACCUGCUCAGCAAGGACAUGCUCCUGUGGUCCAGGGGCGCCAGGAAGGCCAGCACCCUCACAACACCCAGUGAGGAGUGCCCUGUCCUGGGGGAGGUGGAUCCCCUACAUUGCGUGUUGGAAGGCAGCCCUGGGGGCUUCUCAGAGCCUGGGGCACCAGGAUUGAGGCAUUGCGAGUCAGGGGGUGAGGAGGCUUUUAACCAAGGUCAGCAGGCAGGUCCCGGCUAUCAGAUCUGGACAAACCCCCUGUACAGGACCCAGGGAGAAGAAACAGAUUCUUGGAGGAGGGCCCUGCUCACUAAGCACUGCCACUCCACAGCUUCCUGGAGCCAAGGAGUUGCCAGUGGGAAAAGGACCAGUAAGAUCAGGGUUAGCUUGGCCUCCAAUGACAGACCCACAGCAGGCUCUGAGGCAAACUCCUCUUACUGCCCCAGGACCCCGGAAGGCAGCGUGGGCAGCUGCAGUGGGCAUCAGGCUGCCAGGGCUGCCUCCAAGAGAGAAGUUGAGCAGGAGGCUGGCUGCACCCACCUGGCUGGUGGGGACCCAAACCUGGGACCCAAACUAUGUCAAAAAGGAGGAGGGGAGGGUGGCAGGGAACAAGAAGCCCAAGAGGAGGGAAGUAAAGAACAGCCUUCACUGGGCUGCCUGAAACCUGAGCCCUGCAGCCUGGAGGUUACUCUUCCUGAUUUGUCAGCAAGUGCUAGUUUUCUCAAGAGGUCUGGUGAAACAGGUGAGCCAUGCUGGGGCUGUGCAAGCAGUGAGGGAACCGUGAUUUCACAGCAGGAGCACACCCAGGAAGGCAGCACCAAUUGCCCUCCUUUGAGUCCCUCAUCUUUGAAGAAUGGAGACCUACAGGCAAAAGAGUGUGGACAGGGCACUGGGGGCCAUAAGGCCAGGGAUGGGUCUGUGACAAGGCUGCCCGUGGCUUUGGACCAUUCUAGCUCAUGGUAUGCUGGUGGGUGCUCUUCCCCACUUUCCUCCUGUACCUCAGCCCAGAGGAGGAGUAGAAAGCAGAAGAGCCAAGCUAGUGCGAUGUCCUCACCCAACACUUCAGACUUUGGCAGCAUUUCUCAGAGAAGCCACCACAGGCAGCACCACCACCAAAGGGUUGUCCCCUACUCAUUGGACUUGCCCACAACCAAACAAGUAUUGAGUCCUGCUAAUACAGGAGGGUCCUGCUCAGGUGGCCCAGAACUAGGUUUUCCUGAAAGCUCAUCUAGUGUCAGGAAACAGGCUUCCAAGGACCCAGGAUCUCCCUCCUCUGGCUCUCUUUGUUCCCAGUCCACACCAGGGGUCAGCAGUGCUGCCAUUAUACUUGUUAGUAAUUCAGAUCCACAAAAAACAAACUGUGCUUCUCAUUUCUACCACUCACACUUCACCUCUGCUGAGACUAAAGGGGAUUCUGAACUCAGGGUGAGCUCACCCCCUACACCUUCCAACACAUCAGACUCCUUCAGCUCUCAUGUUAAGGUUGAUCACCUGGAUGAAAAGGCAGGAGGCAACAAUCCCAAGCUCUCCUCACCCUUGGUUUGGGUAGUUAAAUGGCCUGAUGGAGUGAAAUCAGGAGACCACCAAGGCAGUUGCUGCUCCCAGAUUGAUACAUCCCUGGUCUGCAGGACCCAUGGUGGUAAAAUGCAGGCCCUGCAGGCUUCCCAGCCACAGGGUGGCCCUCGAUCUAUCUCUGGGGCCUGCUUAGUGUGCAGCAGGUACUGCCCCACACCCCCAAGGGGACAACCUUGCAUCAAGAAACACUCUUCAAGCAGUAGCAGCAAUAGCAAUAGCAACCAAAGUGCCAACCGGGGGUCAGGUGGACGUGAGCAGGGGGAAGAAAAACUCAGUGGACUGAGAACACUGCCCCUGAUCUCAAAAUCAGGGGUCACAGGGAAAGCAGUGAGAGCAACCACGAGGAGCAGCCCCAGCCCCUGCCCCAGCCCCAGCCCCAGCCCCAGCCCCAGCCCCAGCCCCAGAGGGAUGUCACAGGGGAAGGUUGCUGGUGAAGGGGAAAGCCUUGAGGAGCAAGAGGAAGAUGGUGGCAUGAUGCCUAGUGCUCUGCCCCACAUUUCACCAGAAGCUGUCAUCCGUGAAUGGCUGAGCCACAUCCCAGAAGAGCCCAUACUCAUGAAAUAUGAGAUGAUGGAUGAGAGCCCAAAUGUGGCUGGGGAUGGCCCAGAAGGCACCCAGGAGGACCCUGUUGACAAACAUUCUCUGGAAGGCCUUGGGGAGUUAGCUCGGGUCAGAGAGCAGCCCCUGGAAGGGGAGACCAGUGAGAAACCAGAACUAGAUAGAUCCUCAGUGACUGAUGAUGCUAUUCCCAAAUCAAAAGAGGCUUUUCCUCAAAGAGGAGCUUCCAGGGGUGUUUCAGAUGCUUGUGAGAAGGACAGAGCCAGUGAUAGAACCACUGUGGGCCGUGGUGUAAGUGAGGGUAUCCUGCCUAGCAGGAUACCUGCCUCCAUACAGAUCAUGAAGGAAUUAAUCAGCUCAAAGCAGGGCCGGCCCAGCAGCCUGCCUGAAGUGUCUGGUGUGGUGGGGAGGAGGCUCAGCCACUCUGCCUGUGCUCUUGUCACAUGUCUCACCAGGCUUCACUUCUUUGAUGAACACCUUGGGUCUUCUGCCAGCAAAAUGAGGUUCAUAGACUCCCCUAAGUUCCAAGAGCUCCUGGUCACUCUCCAGUCCCUGUGGCCACAGUGUGACCUUGGGAAAGACAAGUUGGACUUGGGCCUUCAGGAACUUGGAUCGUGCCAGGGUCUGCCAGGUUUCACAUCCCAUGCUGUGACCGAGGAUUUCACUCCAACAUCCUCCUCAGGAGUGGAUGUCAGCAGUGGUUCCAGAGGGUCAAGGGAGGGCAGUGGGCCUUGCCCUGUGGACUGUGCCCUGAGCCCUGAGAGGAUGGAGCUGCCCUUGAAAAUGGUGACAAGCAGCAUCUCCGAUCAGAGGCCUGACUCUAGAGCUUCAGAGAACCCAGAGGAUCCGAGAAACCAACACCUGAGCUGUUCCAAAGUCUCCUCAAACUCCCAAGCUUGGGCUUGUGCCACAAACCAGGAUGAAGCAGGAGAAAACAGCAGGGAACAGAUGUUGGGCAAUAGCCUAGAACAGUUAGUUGAAAACACAAUGCAGGAAGAGGGGAUACAAGUAGAGAAAACACAAGAAGAAAUAGAAAAAGAAGAAAUGCAAGAAGAACAUAAUAAAGAGGAAGAGUUUCCAGAAACGGAAAGAGUCAAUAAACAGGAAUUGUCAGUGGACAGCACUGAGGAUGGAGAGGGCACACAGGAAGAUACAAGAAUGCAGAAAGAGGAAACAGGAAGAGACCCUGACUCUGUAGGCCUGUGUCCUCCAGGAAUGAGUGAUAAACCAAAAGAGCUCUUCAGUAACCCCAGUGAGUGUGACUCUCAUGCCAGUGAACAUCAAAGUGGCCCCACGUUUGAUUAUGGUUUGAAAAAGCUGCCCGGAAAUGCUGAGAUGGCAGGUGGACAAACUCAGGUCAACUCUACUCAGGGGCCAGGGGUGAAAAGUAGCUCCAAGGCCCACAGAGGGUUCCUGGAUCUUGACCCCAUCUGGGUGUUCAAGUUGUUGAAAAAGAUGGAGAAGGCCUUCAUGACCCACUUUGUUAGUGCCACAGCCAUGGUUCGAGCCCACUGGGGUCUGCAGAACAAUGAUUUGCUGGACCAGAUGGUGGCAGAACUGGAGCAGAACGUGGGCUGGCGGCUCCAAGACAGCAUUAAGAGGGAGCUCAGGAAGAUCCAGAUCAGGGCCAGAAGGAAAGCGGCCAGGCCACUGCGGUGGGAGAUGUCGAUGCAGACAGAACAGCGGAGACGCAGCCUCCAGGGCCUGCGCAACCUCUCUGCCUUCACGGAGCAGACCCGAGCCCAUGGGCUCUUCUCCCUCACCCUGGAAGAUGAGCCAACCGUUAGUGGUGCCCAGAGAAAUGAGCUGGGUGGGAAGGCCAAGGGGGAGGAGUUUUGCCCCUGCAAGGCCUGCAUGAGGAAGAAAGUGAGCCCCAUACCCUCGAGGGACACAAUGGGAGCAGGCAGCGCACCCAUCAAAAAGGCCUUUGACCUGCAGCAGAUUCUGCAGAAGAGGAAGGGAGGACCUAAUAAUGGGGAGGCAGUAGAGGAAGCUCCUGAGGAGGGAGGGAUGGGGCUGCUUCAGGUGGCCUCCUUGAGGACCAGAUCUGUCCAGGGAGUUUAUGGAGAGCUGGAGCCAGGAUUAGGCCUUAGUUCUGGGGCAGAUGAGGGAGAUGAGAUCGAAGGGAAACAGAAACUCAGUGGAGAUGAAGAUCCUGAACUAGGGGAAGGAGAGGGGGCUAGUUAUCAGGAGGGAGAGGAAGACACAGAUACUCAGAAGAGAGACAGGAAAACAGGUAUCAGUGUUGGCAACAACCUGGAGAAAGAAGAAUGGGAGGAGCAGCAUGUGGGUGAGCAGGAAGAAAACAUGAAUGAAGACUCUGGGAAUGAGGAUAAUUUGAAGGACAAAGCAUCAGGAAGAGGUAAUCGAGGUCCAGGAGGAGAUGUUGAUGGUACAGAUGCUAUUAAGGCCCAGAAAGCUGAAGGAGAGGGACAGACAGAGUUGAGAGAUGAGAAAGAAGGUAGCCCACCAGUUAGCCAAGGAGAGGUGCAGUUGGGUAAGGCUUCUGAAAACAGCUGUCCAGACCAAGAGGGGAAGCUCGCAUCUCCUGCUGCCCCAAGUGGAGACACCCCCUACCAAAGAUCAGCCUCCAAAACAGUCAACUCCUCCUCUAGCAUGUCAUCUUUAGGAAACUGCUCUCAGGUCUCUCAGAAAGGUUCAGAAGAAGAGCAUCCCAAUGGAGACACAAGGAGCAUUGCAGAUGAGCCCAAGGGAAUCACUCAUCAAGAAAGAAAAGUCACCAGGAUGUACUUCAAAAGCUCCACCUCUGAGGGAGAAGGAGCCCCUUCAGGCCCAAGCACUCCAGACCAGGGGGCAGAUGACGACCCUGACUUAGAAGAUAGGAAGAUAGUUAAAAGCCUCACUUUUACCAAGGUGGUAGACAGGGCAGAUGAAUUUGGCCAAGAUGAUUUAGAUUUCUAGAGAAGAUCAAGCUUCGGGAUAAUCAUGAAUCUUGUAACUCCGUUUUUAUUAAUAUUUUGUCUAUAAACCUGAGUGAAGCUAAGUCCCCUGGAAGAGUAUAAAGAAUGUGGGAGAAGAUCAAAGGACUUGCCAAAGAUACAGUAUAUACCACUCAUUCUCUGGUUUCUACAUUGUGAAGUUUCAGUGAGCCCUGUUAUCCUGGUCCCUACACAGUGUGAAGGAGGGUUAGCCUCAGA